AUGGACGAGCAGCCGCGCUUGAUGCACUCCCACGGGGUAGGCAUGGCAGGACACCCCGGCCUGGCGCAGCACAUGCAGGACGGCAACGCGGGGACGGAUGCAGAGGGCAGGAAGCAGGACAUCGGAGACAUAUUACAGCAGAUCAUGACCAUCACAGACCAAAGCUUGGAUGAGGCGCAAGCGAGGAAGCAUGCACUGAACUGCCACAGAAUGAAACCAGCUCUGUUCAACGUCUUGUGUGAAAUCAAAGAAAAGACUGUGCUCAGUAUUCGCGGUGCCCAGGAGGAAGAGCCCCCGGACCCUCAGCUGAUGCGACUGGACAACAUGCUGCUUGCAGAGGGCGUGGCCGGGCCGGAGAAAGGGGGCGGGUCUGCAGCAGCAGCAGCAGCCGCAGCCGCGACCGGAGCAGUAGGAGCAGAUAACUCAGCGGAGCAUUCAGACUACAGAGCCAAGCUGUCGCAGAUCCGACAAAUCUACCACACAGAGCUGGAGAAAUAUGAGCAGGCGUGCAAUGAGUUCACCACCCAUGUGAUGAACCUGCUGAGGGAGCAGUCGCGAACACGGCCCAUCUCGCCCAAAGAGAUCGAGCGCAUGGUCGGCAUCAUCCACCGCAAGUUCAGCUCCAUCCAGAUGCAGCUGAAGCAGAGCACCUGCGAGGCCGUCAUGAUCCUGCGCUCACGCUUCCUCGACGCCAGACGAAAAAGGCGGAAUUUCAACAAACAAGCGACAGAGAUCCUAAACGAGUACUUUUACUCCCACCUCAGUAACCCUUACCCCAGCGAGGAGGCCAAGGAGGAGCUGGCAAAGAAGUGCAGCAUCACCGUCUCACAGGUAUCCAACUGGUUUGGGAACAAGAGAAUCCGGUACAAGAAAAAUAUCGGCAAGUUCCAAGAGGAGGCCAACAUGUACGCAGCGAGGACCGCAGUUAGCGCAACCAAUGUAUCAGCCCACGGCAGCCAGGCCAACUCCCCGUCCACCCCCAACUCAGCAGGUUCCGCUGGGUCUUUUAACAUGUCAAACUCUGGAGACUUGUUCAUGAGUGUGCAGUCCCUCAAUGGGGACUCGUAUCAAGGGGGGCAAGUGGGGGCCAACAUUCAAUCCCAGGUGGAUACCCUUCGCCAUGUUAUCAGCCAGACCGGAGGAUACAGUGACAGCCUCGCAGCCAGCCAGAUGUACAGUCCACAGGGCAUCAACACAAACGGGGGCUGGCAGGAUGCCCCAACUCCUUCGUCAGUGACAUCGCCCACAGAAGGUCCCGGAAGCGUCCAUUCGGAUACUUCCAACUGA